CUCUCUCUCUCUGUCUCUCUCUUUCUCUCUCUAUACAUGCUCUUCUAACUUGCCACUAAAAUCAUGGGUUAUUGCUUCUAUUGACGGAUGAGAAUGCUGCAGUUCUAGCUGUGUGUCUGUUAUUGGCUGGCGUGAGGUCUAUGGAUGGGCCCACAUAUGGAGUUAAACUGUGCGGCCGUGAGUUCAUCCGUGCAGUCAUCUUCACCUGUGGAGGCUCUCGCUGGAGACGCUCCAUCACAAACACAGAUGAGCUGACCAUAGACCCAUUCAGCUCCAUUGACAGCGAUGCUGCAGAUGGCUGGGCCCUGCCCUCUGGCCCAGACUCCUCCCUCAAUCUAGGCACUGAACCCACCUCUUUCAGAAUGGUUCAAGGUGGGCAGGUAGAUGGGCUCUUCAGUCGGCACAGCCGCUCCCUCCUCUCAGGGGAGAUGCUGGAAACCCUGCACACCUCCAAUAGGAAGGGACGGGAUGUGGUGGUGGGACUGUCCAAUGCCUGUUGCAAAUGGGGCUGUAGUAAGAGUGAGAUAAGCUCUCUGUGCUGAGAACACCUCCCCCCCUGCUCCUUUCUGUGUGUGUGUUUGUUUGUUUGUGUGUGUGUGUACUUGUGUGUGUUUGUGUGUAUAUGUGUUUUGGGUCUUGGUCUGGGUAUGUUCAAAUGUUCCUUAUUCCUUCCUGUCUCUAUUGAGAAUGUGAUGAUCUCUGUGAUGAAAUAAAGACAGAGAGGUUCAUGAUCAUGGUUAGCAUUGUCAUACGUGUCUUAAAGUGUUCACCAUGCUUGUCACUAAACACAAAAUGUUCUAUUUCUCAUUCUACUGUAUGUUAUGUUUUUUGUUUUUAGUGCACAUUGAAUAAACAUGUUGUUGAAUCAUAGUUAUAUAAAUAUUUCCUAGGUGAGCAGAAGCACUUUGGUUGAUAUAUAAUUUCAUAGUUAAAGCUUGUGACAUAAAGCCAAAAAGGUAUUUAAUUGCCUUUUGCCAAAUCACAGCACAUUUUCUCCACCACACUCCUGAGGUUUAGUUGAAUUCCUAUUUAUUAGACAGACUCCCAGUCCUCUUGCUUACACAUGUCAUACAGUGACAUGGAUGCUAUGUGUGUACUUGUCAGUUCUGCAUCUUCUUUGUAGAUUAUUUGCUAAUCUUUAAUUUCACUACACAAAAGCCCACCAAAUUGCAUAACAGAGGACAGACAUGAAAUAAUUAAUUAAUUAGUUAAUUAGUGCAAACUUAUUCUCAGAGUGGCACUGGAGAUCAUGUGGUCACUUAGCUUCA